AUGAGCGACAAAGCAAACCAGCAUCCCCUUGAUGACUUCUCCUUUGACUUAUCCUGCGUUGAUAAUCACCCCAACACAGAGCUACCACCCAUUAUCGAAGGGCAUUCCACUCAAUCCCACAUCACCGAGGAACAAAAUGAGAACAAUGCGAUCCCCACCAAGCUCAAGCUCAUUGAAAAGAUGAUCAAGAGCAAAAGGGGCAUGAGCAAGAAAACGGUGCAUAGCAAGAGCAAGAAACCGAGUAAAACGCGUCUUGUUGAGAAGCCUAAAAAGACUCAGCAGGACAGAGCGAAGAAAAUUCAGCACAGUAAGAUCAAGACAACUAAGCGCAAGGAGAAGACCGACGAGGAAAAAAGAGAGGACAUUCGAAAGAAGAUGAAGGACCAGUCUGGCCCAGUUUGUGUUCUGCGUCCAGAAAUGGAUAUUGUUUGCGAGAGGGGUGACUUCGGUAACGAAAACCCCUGCAACAAGGUUCUCGUCUUGAAGAUCAAGAGUGCUCUGCCCGAAUACAACAGUGCCAGCCCGAGGAAGGGAAGGGGUGCAAUGUUCACUGAUUUCUUUACUGAAGUAAAAGCUAGAGGUGGAAGAUUCCUCGCGAGGAUCGAUAAAACAAAGCAAGAAUGGAGGGAAAUAAAGGAUAAAGCUGGAAGGGAGAAGAUUUCACAUCUGUUUAGGGACGAAGCGAGGAAGGCAAGGAAGGCCGAAACCUUCUUUGCUGCCCUUGAGAUGGUUGCGAUUUGA